AUGAAUCGAGAGACUUUGAACAGUCCUGGGGUGUUCACUCCCUCGCUGGUGUGGGGCGCUAACCUGACGCUGACCAACAUCCACGACCUGUGCGACAAGGCGCGCAGCAACGCAUCACUGCCGUACGCCGCCGUCUUCGCGGAGCACAUCAAGAAAGUGGCCAACAAUGGCGUCAGGAACCUGGCAUCAUGGGCAGGCAACCUGAUGUUAAAACACAAGCAUCCUGAGUUUCUCUCUGACCUCUAUGUUAUGCUGGACCUUGUUGGCGCAAGACUUCUGAUUGGCGACGAUACCGGAAACAGAAGCCAGUGCACCUUGAAAGAAUUUCUCAGCCUCGACAUGCAGGGGAAGAUCAUCGAGGCAGCCUUCCUCCCAACCUACACCGACACCAACAACUACAUCCGACUUUACCGUGUUUCACAGCGCAACCAGGAUGACCAUGGUCACGUGGCCGCAGGUUUCAACAUGAAGCUUGACAGGACCAACAACUGCACGGUGCUACAGCGGCCAACUAUCGUCUUCCAGGGCGUCAGCAACACGAUGAACCGUGCUGAGAAUACAGAGGCUUUUCUGGAAGGAAAGCAGUUGGGUGAUCCUCAGGUCUUGAAAGACUGUUUGAACAUGCUAAGUAUGGAGAUUUCUCCGGUCACCGACCCCACCUUGCAAUACCGGCGCAGUGUUGCGAUGUCACUUUUCUACAAGUACGUGCUGGACGUGUGUGGAGACAAGGUGGCUCAGAGGUACCGCAGUGGAGGCGCCAUUUUCGAGCGCCCCGUGUCCUCAGGAACACAGUCUUACGACACCCGCAAGGAACAAUGGCCUCUCAGUCAACCCAUGACAUCAAUGGAUGCAGACUACCUGGGAUGUAACUGCGCAGGUUUCUGCAAAGUUCGAUACCUGGAUGAUCUCCCUUGGGACCCAGAUGAGCUUCAUGCUGCUUUGUAA